CUCGUCAAAAGUUCAUGUGUGAUAAUUUCUUGUUAAGUUUUUAGCACUGCUGCAGUACGAGUGUUUAAAUAAUUGUGUCAAAUAGAAUACUCGUAAUAAAUAAUGGGUAAUAUUGAGUUACCACAUUGUGACAGAUGUUGCUGUUGCCUACCAAUCAGACAUGGUUUAAUAGUGUGGGCGUUUCUGAAACUGAUUUUUUUCAUCCCUCCAACAGCGAUGAUUGCAAAAGUAAUCGUGACAUACGGGACGAUGCUUGAUAUUUCAGAACUUGUCUGGUUCAUCGGCCAUGCCGCACUGAUGAUAAUUAACUGUUCAGUGACCGUUUUUUGCAUAGUUGCGAUGUUCAUGAAACGCCACAAAUUAAUGAUAUUAUAUUUAAGAUACGAAGUCAUUACCAUUGUUAUUAAUACAGUUGCUUUGGUCAUCAUAAGUAGAUUACAUAUAGCACAUGCUCAAGAUAUUGGUCACAUUCGUUUCAUUGCAAUGUGGAUUACAUUUUUCUUCAUUUUCAUUGGUAGUCAAGUGUACGUCGCGUUGCUUGUGAAGAGUAAACUAAAACUGAUGGCAGACAAGGAAUGCUUCAAGUUUCAGAACAACGCUGCUGAAGCCGAAUGUACUUACUAUGGUCAUCAUGAUGACGUCAAGGAAGUUGUCAUCAGUAACAACGUAAUGCCUGAAAACAGCGACUCUCGUGACGAAAGCUGUCAUGCUUUAAACAAACUCUAACGACUAUUAUAGUAAAAGAUUACUUGUGAUGGAAUUC